UCUUGGGUCCCUCUAAAGCUAUCUCGAACUUUGCGACUAACACAUCGACAUCACGCACCAUGUCCUCGGUCCAGCCUCAGACAACUCCCCCACCCACGUCGCACGUCGUACUCUCGUACCCAGCCGAUUAUGUCCUGCUCGUCACUAUCAACCGCGAGAAGCAGAUGAACAGCAUCCCCUUCGCGGGUCAUCUGGAAAUGGGCCAGGUCUUUGACUGGUUUGACCGCGAACCUAACCUGCGCGUAGCUAUCAUCACGGGUGCUGGCAAGAAGAGCUUCUGUGCUGGACAGGACUUGAUUGAACUGGGCAACAUCAGAAGCGGGAAGAUCAAGCCGAGCCCAGGCCUUCUCAGGCAUCCGCUUAGUGGGUUUGGUGGGUUGAGUAGGAGAGGUGGGAGGAAGCCUGUCAUUGCGGCUGUUAAUGGCUUUGCACUUGGUGGAGGAUUUGAGAUUGUGCUUGGAUGCGACUUGGUGGUGGCAGCUCCAGGCGCAACAUUCGGUCUCCCCGAGGCUCUCCGCGGAAUCUUCGCAGGCGCAGGCGGCCCUCCACGUCUUGUUCGCAAUGUCGGGCUACCUAUAGCCUCUGAGAUGGCCUUGACCGGCAAAUCCAUCACCGCACAACGAGCUAAAGAGCUCAACCUUGUCAAUCGCAUUUCGCCAUCACAGGAGACAGUCGUCGAUGAAGCUGUGAAGUUGGCAAAUGAGAUUGCGCAGAUCUCUCCAGAUUCUGCGAUUGUCACAAGGGCAGCGCUGAAGGAGGCAUGGGAACAUGGCAGUGUUGAACGCGCCACCCAAUUGACUAUUGAGCGAUUCAACGAGCCCUUGAACUCGAGCGAGAACGCUCUAGAGGGGCUACAGGCGUUCGCAGAAAAGCGAAAGCCUAAUUGGAGGCCCUCGAAGUUGUAAACGUGGCACGGAGCGCUCAAAUGCACGUAGCAUUUCAGCUUCCCUACGGCUGAAACUUACAAGAAAAUAGUCUACAAUGUCAUCAUCGUUUCCGACCAU